AAGUGUCGCGCGGCGCGGCCGGAGCUGGGCUGGGGCCCGGGCCGAGCCCGCCGAGCCCCGCCGGGCCUGAGGCGGCGGCGAUGGGCGGCGGGCGCUGAUCCCGCCCCGCUCCCGCAGCCAGGCGCCCGCCAUGGAGGAGGAGAGCAUGGAGGAGGAAGGCGGCGGCGAGGCUAUGAUGGACGACCAGAACCACAACAACUGGGGCGCGGGCGGUUACGGGCGGCACCUGCUCGGCGAGCGGCUGCUGCCGCCGGCCGGGCCGCCGCGCCCCGCGGGGCCCGAGCACAACGGCGCGGGGCUGCGGGGCUGCGAGCCGGCCGCCGCCAGGGUGGGGGCGGCCGGGGCCAUCGCCGCCAUCAACAUCAGCGCCUCGACCUCCAAGUUCCUAAUGAAUGUUAUAACAAUUGAAGACUAUAAGAGCACAUAUUGGCCAAAGUUGGACAGUGCCAUAGAUCAGCUUUUAACUCAGAGUCCUGGUGACUACAUCCCUAUCUCCUAUGAACAAAUAUACAGUUGUGUGUAUAAGUGUGUAUGCCAGCAGCAUUCGGAACAGAUGUAUAGUGACCUAAUAAAAAAGAUAACUAACCACUUAGAGAGAGUCUCAAAGGAGCUGCAGGCCAGCCCUCCAGAUCUCUAUAUUGAAAGAUUUAACGUAGCUCUUGGACAGUAUAUGGGAGCAUUGCAGAGCAUUGUGCCUCUUUUCAUAUAUAUGAAUAAAUUUUACAUAGAAACCAAGUUAAACAGAGACUUAAAAGAUGACCUUAUAAAGCUGUUUACGGAACAUGUUGCAGAAAAGCACAUUUACAACCUAAUGCCUUUACUUUUGGAAGCUCAGUCAACACCGUUUCAAAUAACUCCUUCAACCAUGGCAAAUAUUGUGAAAGGCCUGUAUACACUACGACCAGAAUGGGUACAGAUGGCACCAGCUUUAUUUUCUAAAUUCAUCCCAAAUAUUCUACCCCCUGCUGUGGAAUCUGAGCUUCAGGAAUAUGCUGCUCAAGACCAGAAACUUCAAAGAGAGCUUAUUCAGAAUGGAUUUGCUAGAGGUGACCAGUCACGCAAGAGAGCUGGAGAAGAGUUAACUUACAAUGGCUCAUCAGCUUGUGCAAGCUCCAGGGGAUACAGAUAGUGAAUAUACUGGAUCAGCUUCUAUUCCUAGCCAGAACAGACACUGGAGGAGCACAGGUGGUAUCUGGAGCCUCCUUUGACAACUGCUGAUACUCAAGCUCUGACACAAAGUAUGCCUCAAAGAAGAAUUUUGGACUUUCUUCUUUAUAUUGAAAUGUCAGUUGCUGCUACAGUUGGAAAGACUUUGAAAGACAAAUUCCUUGGUCUGGUCUAUCAGCAAACUCUUCUUCUGUGACCUUUGUGAGGAAUGCACCUUGAAAAACAAUCCUUUCAAAGUGGGAAUGGGCAGCCAAAAUCAGCAGCUUCCAAAAGCAUUAGAAUGGAAGAAUCCUUUUUGCACUCUUUUCUUAAUAUUAAGGACAUUCUUAAAACUAGUUAACAUGUCAAUGUAUUAGAUUUUAAACUUCAAGUUAUUUUCUGGAGCUUCUACUUAAAUGAUAAGAAUAAAGUUUCAUUAUUUUGCAGUAUUUGUUUGUUAGUUGAAAACCUGUCACCUUUCAAGAGUUGGUCCCAUAUAAAUGUAUCUUCUGUCAGGGAGUUUUGAAUUUCAGAAUUUUCUUUUAUCUCUUAUUUUGUUACUUGGUAUUUUGAAAUCUGUUUUCCUAUGUGUUUGUACUCUGUGCCUUCAGCUUGUGCACUUUGCGACUUUAUAGACCAUAUUUUGUUACUGCAAAAUGUGUUCUUGAGGAAAAACUUGAUGUGAACAAACAUGCUGCAAAGUUGCACUUUUCUCUUGCAUUAAUAGGAAGUGAAAAUAAGGAGGGAGAAAGGAAAGUUGAACCUAUCACCAUCACUAAUAGUGACUUGGAAGAUUGUCCCCAGUUAUUUUUCACGUGUAUUAAGUGUUUAAUGCAGGGACCAACUCUUGUAGAAUCCCCCUCACUGAUAUUUCAUUGGCCUCAAGAGUUGGACUGGGUGAUCCUUGUCCCUUCCAGCUCCGACUAUUCUGUGAGUCUAUGAUUCCAUAAUUGCAAUAGAUGAAGAUGAGAAUUCCAGACUGAACAGAAUAUCAGGAUCUGGUUUAUAUUGUGCUCUCUAAAAACAUUGUGGGCAAAACUCUCCAGUCUGGUAACUCUGCAGAGUGCAUCUCCAUCAGCACAAGAUUUGACUGGCCUGAGCAACGGUACCUGCCCAGCAUCACUGUGGCUCCUGUGCCAUUUCUCCUGCUGGGGGAUGUGAUGGAGCUGUGGCAGUGGGUGUAGUCAGAAUCAGGGAUUUCAGGAGUGAUAUCAGUUGUGCAUGUGCCCAUCUGCCUCCUGCCUCCAGUUUUGUGUCCUGCAGAUCCAGCUGAGCCCAGCUCCAGGGAAUCUGAGCCUAGGGGCUAAGUCUGCUCUUGUGAUGUGGGUUUUAAUCAGCAGUAUGGCUAAUGCAGCUCUUUCAUGAGGGGAGAAACAUACUUGAAAAAGCAGUUUGAUUACAGGGUUUGGGGUUUUUUCAUUACUAUGGAUUUAUUUUUUAUCACCUUUAGUUAUGAAGAGAAAUAGGUUGGUAAUAUAAAAGAAAUCUUUCUGAAAUGAAAUAAAACAAGACAAAAUACCAACACAACUCCUUUCAUGCUUGUAUGGGUUCAUUACAAAAUGCAAGAAAAAAAAAGAAAAAAUAGAUGCGGCAGGGACAAAGUUUGUUUUUGUUUUGUAUCCAGGCUUUAUGUCAGAGGAUUUAAUUCCAUCAGUGUCUCACCAGCCACUUUGGCAAUGUGAUUUGGUUGGAGGGUGGGAAGAAUGAGUUUGACACUGCUGGGAUUGAGAGAUUCAAAUGUGAUUUUCCUAUGUCUUUCUUUGCAUAUUUGCAAAGCCUGUUUAAUUUUGAGGAAGCGUUUCUAUUCCAAGUAAGACCUAAUGCUUCAGUGUUUUGUGUUCAGCGUAGAACAAUGCCAGCAAUCUGAACUCAUCCCCAGUGGUGUAAACCAAGCCUCUCUGAAAGGGAUUUCCAGGUGUUGGUAGUGUCUGCUUCAACUUUGCUACCAGCUAAUUAAGUUGGAGCAGAAUUAGAUUAAAAUCAGGGGGUUUGAAAAUUUUGUUGAAGUAUGCUGUGGAGAAGUUAAUGAAGGCUAAUAAGGAACAAAAAAUUUUGCCAUCUUCCAGGUUUUUAAAGUUUUGGCUUUAAACAAAAAUAAAACCUCUGAGAGUGUCUUUAGCUUUAAAAAUCACUGUCUGCUGAAAUGGCAAUAUUCUUAAGAAUAGAUGCAUUAACCUAAUUUGGUUAAAUUUGUUUACAACUUCAUUACCAUCCUGAUUCACACAGUACAGUAACCAAGCUCUGCCAUCUCUGUCAAGUGGUCACAGUUUUUCUCUGGUCUUAAAGUGGUUUUACUGGUUCAGGUUUGUAAAUAACAUGUAGUGCUUUUGCUUCAUGUCUGAGGCAAGGGUUUAACAUUCCUUUUCCAUUGCAUUAUGUUUGGGACACAACCUCCUAGAGUGACAAUUCCAUCAGAAGGUAAAGCAUUCCUGUCAGUGUGGUCCACUGUGUAUGCACUGAGUAGGGCUUGGAUGCUUCUGGUCCUGUUGAGCAUUGUCACCACUGCCCCCGUGCCUGAGGAAACUGUUUGUUAAGCACUGUAUUAUGUUGUAAAUCUGGCAUUACAAUUCCUGUAUGUUUUGGCAUUAUUUCCAUAAUGCUGAAAUGUUGUUUAUCUGUUGAAGACAUUAUCAUUGUGACUGAGCAUGGAACAGAAUACAGGAUACUAUACUAAAUUAUUUUGUUUCUCUGUGAACUUGCAUUUUACUUACAGUCAAACUAACUCAGCCAACUUGAGCAUUGGUACUGUAAAACCAGAAUUACCAACAGCAUGAUUCUAACUUCAGUAUUUAAUUUAACCAAAUAACUUGUGGUGAAUCUGUUGCAUCUGUAGCUUACUCUGUUAAGCAGUGAAGUUGGUUAUACAAUGGGUGUCCUCUUUAUGUUGCACUGGUUCUAUAGCCAAGCUUGCUACAUUAAAAUAUUUUUAGAUUAA